UCGAUUAAAAAAAAACAAGAAUUUUUACCUUUGCGCAAGUGUUGGUUUGAUAGAAUUAUUAAAAAACGUUUCGAAGUCAAAAAUUUUAAUUUUUAAUAAGUCAGUCAUCUGUCGCGUCACUGUCAAAAAAAGAUUCACAAUGUUUGCAAGACAGUUCAUCCGCUUCGCCAGUUACGAUUCAACCCGGAAAAAUCUAAAGCUCACAAAAGCCUCAAAGCUCAUAUGUCAGGGUUUCACGGGCAAGCAAGCAACAUUUCACUGCGAACGUGCCCUCGAAUACGGCACUCUCCUCGUCGGGGGCGUAACUCCGGGCAAAGGGGGCAAGAAACAUUUAGGCCUCCCUGUCUUCAACACAGUUAAGGAAGCCCGAGACGCCUUAAAACCCGACGUUAGCAUAAUCUACGUCCCUCCCUUCGCCGCCACUAAAGCCCUACAUGAAGCCCUAGAGGCCGAAAUCCCCCUAAUAGUGUGCAUAACCGAAGGCAUACCCCAACACGACAUGGUCAAGUUUCGCUACAGAUUAUCCCGCCAAGACAAAUCCAGAUUAGUCGGCCCGAACUGCCCCGGGAUCAUCGCCCCUGAGCAGUGCAAAGUGGGCAUAAUGCCCGCGAUGAUCCACAAAAGGGGGUGCAUUGGGAUCGUGUCCAGGUCUGGGACUCUGACCUACGAGGCAGUGAACCAAACGACCAAGCAUGGGCUGGGUCAGACCCUGGUUGUGGGCAUUGGGGGAGAUCCGUACAAUGGGACGAAUUUCAUCGACUGUCUUGAUAUUUUUCUCAAAGAUCCAGACACGAAAGGGAUUAUCUUAAUUGGCGAAAUUGGUGGAUGCGCCGAAGAAGAAGCCGCCGAAUUUUUAAAGAAGAAUAAUACAGGGGAUAAGAGAAAGCCGGUAGUUAGUUACAUUGCGGGACUUUCGGCACCUCCAGGACGACGAAUGGGGCAUGCUGGUGCUAUUAUUUCGGGGGGAAAGGGGGGAGCCCCGGAAAAAAUGGCGGCAUUGCGAAACGCGGGGGUUAUUAUUGCUAACUCGCCUGCUUUGAUGGGGGAUCAUUUAAAAACUGAAAUGGUGGCAAAGAAACUGGUUUAAAAAUUUAAACUCAUUUCAAGUCAUUUAAGUCAUGUAAGGAACGAGAAAAUUAAUAAAAAUUAUUUAUCAAAAGUAGUGGGAUUUUUUCCGGGGUAAAAGGUAAUUACAUCCAAGGCAGUAUGUAACAGUAAAGCUAAGAAAAGAUAGUACUAUGAAUAAUAUCUUUCUGCGAUCGAUAACGGAUGAAUGUGUCAUUUUUUGUAUAGAUUAGAUUAAGAAUACGAAAAGGUAAAUAUGUACCAUUAACUUACAGCCAGUGUUAAACUGUGUGAAUAUCCUUAAUUGUUUUAAUUAGAAAUAUUCAGCAAAGUAUUUGCUUAUGGUUAUUGAAAUUAUGUACGAGCAUAAAUACCAAAUAAUUGGUCAGGAUAAUAAAAUAAUGAUGGUUACAGCGCCCUCUGAAGGAACGCUCGACGAAGUCAUCACGAAAAAUAUAGCAGGACUCGAUAGAAACAUCAACCUGCAGAAGCAAACACUGUUACAAAAACUGCGCAAGCGUUUAC